CAACAUCUCCCAUGUUUGGCGCGUACACAAGGAAAGAGACGAAAAACAGCCACCCCUCUCAAAGCCCAAAGAGAGAAAGAUCAAACGCUUUGAAAACGGGGCUCACAAAAACACACUCACACCAAUACACAGGGACCUCACUAUCCCCAAUCCCCCCCUAAUUCUAAGCUUUUUCCUCAUCUAUUUUCUCUCCCCGGGCUUCGCUUCAUUUGAUCCAAACCUUCCAUUUCGGCUUUACUGGACAUUCCAGAAACUUCCGAAACAGCUGAAGCAUAGCGUUUUAGUUUUUGUUUUUAGGGGGGGGGGAGGGUGUGAAUUCGCCCUUGGAGACCGUACAAUGGACCGGUACGGUCGGGCACCGGCAAUGGAGGGGUCGCCGUCCGAUCCGUCGCAGGAAUGGACGGGGCCGGUGGCCGAAACCGGGCUGGAAGAGCCUUUGUGGCAGUUGGGAUUGGGGGGCGGUGGCGAGGCGUACCCGGAGCGGCCCGACGAGGCCGACUGCAUCUACUAUCUGAAGACGGGCUUUUGUGGGUAUGGUGCGCGGUGUCGGUUCAAUCAUCCCCGUGAUCGUGGUGGGGUGGGAGGAACUGUUAGACCUGGUGGAGGGGAGUUCCCAGAGCGAGUGGGCCAACCAGUAUGCCAGUUUUAUAUGAAGACAGGGACCUGUAAAUUUGGUGCUUCUUGCAAGUAUCACCAUCCAAGACAGGGAGGAGGAACUGUUAGCCCUGUGACACUAAACUAUUUUGGAUAUCCAUUGCGUCCGGGUGAAAAAGAGUGCUCCUACUAUGUGAAGACAGGACUUUGCAAGUUUGGUGAAACAUGUAAAUUCCAUCAUCCACAGCCAGAUAGCAUACAACUGUCAACUCCAGGACCUGCAGCUCUGCCUGCACCUGUACCAGCACACACUUUAUAUCCCACGGUGCAGUCUCCAUCAGUUCCUUCAUCUCAACAAUAUGGGCUAGUAGUCGCAAGGCCUCCACUGUUACCAAGUUCAUAUAUCCAUGGGCCUUACAGUCCUGUGUUGAUUCCCCCAGGAAUGGUUCCUUUUCCGGGUUGGAGUCAUUACCCGGCACCUGUCAGUCCAGUAGCCUCUCCAAGUACUCAACCUACUGUUGGAUCAGGCCAGAUGUAUGGGUUAACACCAUUAUCUCCUUCAGCACCUGCCUAUACAGGACCUUAUACACCCUUACCUUCUUCUGUUGGUCCUUCAAGCAGUAGCCAGAAGGAGCAGAUAUUUCCAGAAAGACCUGGCCAACCUGAAUGUCAAUAUUACAUGAGAACAGGGGAUUGCAAAUUUGGAUCCUCAUGUAAAUAUCACCAUCCACCAGAAUGGGAUACACCAAAAACAAAUUGUGUCCUUAGUCCGAUGGGUCUUCCUCUCCGUCCAGGUGCACCCCAAUGCACUCACUAUGCACAACGUGGAAUAUGCAAGUUUGGGCCCACAUGCAAAUUUGAUCACCCAAUGGGAACACUGAGUUAUAGUCCAUCUGCAUCAUCUCUGGCUGAUAUGCCAGUUGCUCCCUACCCUGUGGGAUCUUCUAUGGGUACACUUGCACCAUCGUCUUCAUCUUCGGAUUUGAGGCCAGAACUUAUUUCAGGAUCUAGCAAGGAAUCUCUUUCAACCAGAAUGUCAUCUUCUAUGAGUACAUCUAGUGGUUCAGUUGGUUCAAUUUUUUCAAAGAGUGGGCCUGGUCAUUCUAGUACCCAACAGCCUGUUCAGAGUUCUGGUCCUUCAACUGGCAGCAGUAGUUCGGAAGCUCAUACUGCAAGCUAAGCAAAAAUUUCAAGCAAUUCCUCAUUAUCCCUCUUUUUGGUCAAUUUUCAUGAAACGUUAUAUUUUUAUGCAAGUCCUCAAAUAGGAGGCUCCAUUUCUCAAUUAUCAUGGUUCCACAAUUUAGAUCUAGCACACGUCAGCUCUGGUCAUUGUGUUCAUAUAAUCUCCAUAUGGCCAUCUCUUUCAUCUUGAAUAAGCCAUAUUCAACCCCCAAAAGUCUUAGCAAAACCCAUAUAGCCUUCCACCUUGCUUCUGAAUAACCACGAAAGAAUCCCAUUGCCCCAUUAGACAAAUCCGCAUCCACCUCUCCAAUUUUUUUGGAGUCUGUUGUGUUUGUUUGUGCCCUAAUCUUAUUUCAAAACCAAAAAGAUCAGUCCCAUAGAGUUCCUUCCUUUUACAGUGACGUGUGUUCAUGGCUACUUUUUGUAGUUCCUCUUUAGAUUUGGGAACAAGCUUCCAAUUCGACUUAAAAAUGAAUUUGAAGGUGUUUUAUGUUCCCCUCUUUUUGUCAGGGUUUCAUUGUGAAAAAGAAAAGGAAUUCAGAGACUCCAAGGGGGCAUAACAAUGCUACCUUAUUUAGGAUAAGAUACAUAUAUGCUGUGAGAAGUGAAUUGCUUGACUUUCUCUUGAUAAAUUUAUUAUGAUUAUCAAAUACAAAAAUGUGAAGAAAAACACAUUGUAACAUUAUUCCCCUCUUUUAUUCGUCCAUCUAUUUGUAAGAUUGGAACUUUGUAAGCUUUACUUUUAUAUGCCAAAAUGCUGAAUUGCUUCUCCCAAGCCUUCAGCAAAUAGGGAAUUUCCUUUCUUGAA